UUCACUGUUUACAUCCCCUUUUUUAUUAAUAAACCUCAUCAUGGGCUACAUCAAUGACUUGUUGUUGGACCUCUAAAGCGAUCCAAUUAAAACUCUUUGCUGCAUCAUCCCGAGAGUCCAUUGGCUGACAGCUGUUCUCGGUUCUCCUCGGCCCCGCCCCCAGCUGUCAGGCACAGCGCGGGUACAGCACUGUAUGACUGUGGGUGCACUGUAGUGAGAUACUACUCUUUAACUUUAUACUACAGCCCCGGGUGGACUUUCACUAAAAAGAGAAUAGCAACCUGUUUAUUAGCGGAGCUUGUCCCGGGCACGUGUGCAUCCAAACUGCACCGUCUUGAAUAUUUUCCUCCACUUUUCCCAAGCCCUCUUACAGUAUGAAGUGCAGUUAUGGCAAGGAGUAGCAAGUCAGCAGCGAGGACCCUGGAGGAUUUGACGCUAGACUCGGGUUAUGGUGGAGCCGCCGACUCCUUUAGAUCUUCCAGUGCGUCGCUGUGCUGCUCAGAUGCACAUGGGGCGAAUUACUGGCAUUUAACCGACUCGAUGCACAGUCGACACAACAGUCUGGACACUGUUAACACGGUCCUGGUCGAAGACGCCGAGAUCCUGGAGUGUACCGUGCAGUGCGCUAAACUACCCGAGCUUGAGGAUGUGCCGUGGAGCCUCGGGGAAGUGGCGAGCGCACUGAGCAGGGACGAGGAGAUGAGCCUGCCGACCCCCCCGCAGGACGUCCUGCUCAGGCUCUCGGUGCUGGUCAGCCGGGCCCUGGUCAGGGUCGCCAAGGAGGCGCAGCGCCUGAGUUUGCGCUAUGCAAAAUGCACCAAAUACGAGAUCCAAAGUGCCACAAAGAUCGCCCUGUCGUGGACCGUCUCGAUGAACUGCAUCAGCGCGGCCCUCAGUGCCUUGUCCCUGUACAACAUGAGCACGGAGGAGGACAAGUUCAGCCGCGGCAAGUCGGUACGCUGCGGACUCAUCUUCAACGUGGGGAAGUUCUUCAGGUGGAUGGUCGACAGUCGGGUUGCGGUCAGGAUCCACGAGCACGCCGCGAUCUAUCUGGCUGCGUGCAUGGAGAGCCUCUUCCGCGAGGUGUACGCUCGGGUGCUGCGCAGUGCCAUGCUGGAGAGGGAUAACGGGAUCCCCAAGUUCACUGUGGAGACCCUGGAGCAGGCCGUCAACAGUGAUGCAGAGAUAUGGGGGUCCCUGCAGACCUGGCAACACCUGAUCUGUGGGAAGAAUGCAAACGGUGUGCUCAGCCUACCUGAGGGUCUGACUCUUCACAGGGACCAGCAGCAGCAGCAGCAGCAGCGAGCAGGAAAGAGCGGAGAGGGAAACGCCUACAGUCAAACUGAGCUGCGCUCCGUUGAACAGUGCUUACUGGCAACAAGAGUGGGCAGCAUUUCUGAACUCAGUGACCUGGUGUCCCGAGCCAUGCACCACCUACAGCCAUUGUAUAUGAAGAAUCACAACAACGGGACGCCGAUCCACCAGAAGAGCAGUGUGAUUCACUGGGCGCCCGAAGCGAUCUACACUCUGUGUUAUUUCAUGCACUGCCCUCAGAUGGAGUGGGAGAACCCCAAUGUGGAGCCCUCCAAGGUUACCUUACAGACAGAGAGGCCGUUUAUGGUGCUGCCGCCUCUGAUGGAGUGGGUGCGCGUGGCUGUGGUUCACACGGAACACAGGCGCAGCUUCUCUGUGGACAGCGAUGAUGUUCGGCAGGCUGCCAGACUGCUGCUGCCCGGAGUGGACUGUGAGCCCCGCCAGCUCCGAACGGAUGACUGCUUCUGUGCCUCGAGGAAACUGGAUGCUGCCUCCACUGAGGCAAAGUUCCUGCAGGACCUGGGCUUCCGUAUGCUCAGCUGCGGACGCACAGACCUGGUGAAGCAGGCUGUCAACCUGCUAGGGCCGGAUGGUAUCAACAGCAUGAGUGAGCAGGGGAUGACCCCGCUGAUGUACGCUUGUGUCCGUGGAGACGAGGCCAUGGUACAGAUGCUGCUGGAUGCAGGAGCUGAUAUUAACAGCGAGGUGCCAAACUCAGUGCACAAGCACCCCUCAGUCUUUCCCGAAACGCGGCAGGCGACGCCCCUCACUUUCGCUGUGUUACACGGACAUGUCCCUGUGGUGCAGCUGCUGCUGGAUGCCAAAGCUAACGUGGAGGGUUCCCUUCAGGACGGGAUGGAGAACUACACAGAGACCCCACUGCAGCUCGCUGCUGCCGCAGGCAACUUUGAGCUGGUGAGUUUGCUGCUGGAGCGGGGGGCAGACCCCAUGGUGGGAACCAUGUACCGUAAUGGCAUCUCCACUGCGCCGCAGGGAGACAUGAACUCCUACAGCCUGGCAGCAGCCCACGGACACAGAAAUGUUUUUCGUAAGCUGUUGUCCCAUACGGAGACAGGCAAAGGGGAUGUGUUGUCCCUGGAGGAGAUUCUGGCAGAAGGUUCGGAGCUGGAAGGUAGAAGUCCGUCUCAGAUUGACCUGAUCCGAACGGGGAAGGCCAAACUUAAAGCCCUGAAAGAAGCCAUGUACCACAGCGCAGAGCAUGGGCAUGUAGACAUCACCAUAGAUAUACGUAGCCUUGGGGUCCCAUGGACUUUGCACACUUGGCUGGAGUCUCUGCGGACGUGUUUCCAUCAGCAUCGCCGACCUCUGAUCCAGGGUCUUCUAAAAGAGUUCAGCUGCAUCGAGGAAGAGGAGUACACUGAGGAGCUCAUCACACAUGGCCUGCCUCUCAUGUUCCAGAUCCUCAGAGCCAGCAAGAAUGAGGUAAUCAGCCAGCAGCUGUCUGCAAUCUUCACCCAGUGUUACGGCCCUUACCCCAUCCCCAAACUGGCAGAGAUCAAGAAGAAGCAGUCGUCACGCCUGGAUCCUCACUUCCUGAACAAUAAAGACAUGUCAGAUGUGACCUUUUUGGUGGAGGGGAAGCCUUUUUAUGCACACAAAGUCCUGCUCUUUACAGCUUCCAACAGGUUCAAAUCUCUCCUAGCAAACAGACCUUGUGGUGAGAACACAUGCAUUGAAAUCAGCAACGUCAAAUAUCACAUCUUUCAGAUGGUGAUGCAAUAUCUCUACUAUGGAGGAACAGAUGCUCUGCAUAUCAGGAAUACUGAUAUUAUGGAGCUUCUGUCCGCAGCCAAGUUCUUCCAGCUGGAGGCGCUACAGAGGCACUGUGAAAUUAUCUGCUCCAAGAACAUCAACACUGAAACUUGUGUGGAGAUCUACAACCACACUAAGUUUCUUGACGCUCCGGACCUGGCAUCCUACAUCGAGGGCUACUUCCUGAAGAACAUGGUCAUCCUGAUCGAGUUGGAGCCGUUCAAGCAGCUGCUGUACGAUGCGCCUCCAGAGAGCCCUGGCUGUGACGUCCUGCAGGACCUGGAGAAAACCCUGGCCAACCGCAUCCAGUCCAUCCACCUGUCCUCUUCCAAGGGGUCCAUCGUCUGAUCUCCUCACUCUUGUGAACACAGGAACAGAGACUAUUGAUCAGUGGGACGGCGGAGACAUGACACUGUAUUGACAUGCAUCUGAGUUACGGGUCAUUUCAAGUGACAGAGAAAAAACACUUGACCCGUGGACUGUCCCGUUACGAUCUUUGUCUCUGUGAAGCUCAUCGGUUGCUAAUAUGCUUCUUGUUAUCUUAGCACAGAUGGUUACAAGUCUGUCUGUCUGCCUUGUUGAUAUCUGUCUAAUAUGAAUUAACAUACGAUGACUGUCAUAAGAUAGCUGUACUAAGCCACAAUUUGCCAAUAACAUCCAUUACUGUAACAAUGUCCCUCGUCCAGCAGGAGUUCCUCAGCUCCCUAGGACACUGUGUGUGUUACAUGUUGAUCUGAAGGGAUCAGAUGGGACUCAGUGGAAACUCAGAGGAAAAGAUGCAAACAACUGCAGUCAGAGCAUCUGAAUACAUGGCUCUGUGUGUUCAGAUGAUGAACAACCUCGGCGUAAUGUAUUAAGCCAUCAGUGUGUCCCUUCCUGGCCAUGAGGAAGAACUGCUGCCUCAUAUUGUGAUUAUUUGCUGAAACAUCUGCAGCUGUACAGAGUAAUUCAUUUGUAUAUUCAGUCAGUCACUUAGCAUUAUCCGUGCUGGUUGCUCUUUAAAGCCAAACACGUAAAACAACUGACUAGUACCUGUAAUGUGACUGAUGCAAAAAAAAAAAAAAAAAAGGAGGACGUUCAGCAGCAUCGACUUUGAGCAGCUGGGUGGGAAAGAGGACUUUUCCUUCCUCGGCUGCUGUGUACAUAUUGUUCAUAAAAAAUAACAGAGCUAUUGAUAAUGUAAGUAAGUUAAUGUAUAUAUCCACAGAUGUUUUCUCAUGCGUGUUACUGUCGGAUAUCGCUGUAAAAAACGAAAAGCUCAUCUUUUAAAUAUCUGUGUUUAAAUGUUGCAUGUCAGAGGGAUGAGUGUGUUUUGUUUUUUUCUGUUUGAGCUGUUGGAAGAUUACACUGAGGAGCUGCUUUCACACUUGGGUGAGAAUAGUUUUUUUCAUCAGCAUGGGUCUCUAUAAAUGUGUAGCAGUCAAACGGUGUCGUCAUGUCGUGUGUGAGAGACUCCAGGCCCGUUUAGUCCUGAACAGGGAGCAUUAAGCUGUCAGCUGUUCUCCAGGGAUUGUGAAAACCACAUGACUUGUGUAUGUGUGACUUGAUCUUUCCUCUAUAAAGAUUAAUAUAAAGAGUGCUAUGAA